CAGAUCAGAACAGCCAACAACAAUGUACAAGCUCUUCGUUCUUGCCGCUCUUGCAGCCUGCGCUAGCGCCGCUCCCGGCUUCCCAGCAGUCGCCGUCUCCCCGGCCGUCGGCUCGUCCGUCCAAUCGGUCAGCAGAUCCUACGACGGAAGCUCGUCCGUUUCCCAGUACUCGAAAGCCGUGGACACAGCUUUCUCAUCCGUGCGCAAGUAUGACACAAGAGUGACCAACGAUGCCCGCUACCUCGCCGACGCAGUGGUAGCCGCACCCGCCGUCACCACCUACGCCCACGCCCCAGUUGUAGCCGCCCCCGCAGUCACCACCUACUCCCACGCCCCAGUUGUAGCCGCCCCCGCAGUCGCCACCUACGCCCACGCCGCCCCCGUCGCCCACGGUCUCCUCGGAGUCGCUUACUCCGCCGCCCCCGCAGUCUCACACCUUUCCUUCGAUGGAUUCGGUGCACAUUACGUGUGGUAAUAAACUUCCUCAUCCCAUUUCUUCUCCUUUAUAUUUAUUGAUCCAAUAAAUAACUUUAAAACAU